CCAUCGGUUUCCCCCACUUCUGACUUUUCCCUGUUAUUUUCUGCCACUGAACGAAGGCGGAGUGGUCACAUCAUAGGCCGCAGGUGACUUGGGCUGGAAUAACCUCAUUGCCCGUGAUCUCUAGUCUCUUGCAUACCCGCUGCAACUUGCGAUUGUCACCCCUCCUCCCCGGUACCAUCUGGAAUCUAGUAGUUUCAGGGCCUGCAUCAAGCUGGCGACUUUCACGCGCCGGACCCGUCGCUCAAACGAUCCUCCAAGACUCCGCUUUGGCACGGACUACCGAAGGUGUACUUUUGUCACAGCUCUAUCGCACGCUGUGUCAGGCUCUGAAGUGCACAGCGGUCCUCUCAAGGAGUUGUUUCUUACCGAUCCCAAUAAAGGUGGUGCAAUGGCUCAUAACUGACUUGACUUUGUGAUAAAAAGACAACCCACACACUCACUUGGCCUGAACUUCUCUCAACAUAAUCAGGCGGAUGUCUUCCGACGAUGCUCCACCAGCACCCCAACACAAAUCCUCUUCCUCCAGCUUCGCAGAUGUCUUCAAGACGUUAGGCGUUGGUCGUCCAAAAUCGCAUUCCCCCGUAUCUUUGCAAGAUAGUAGCAGUGACUCUAUAUCCCACACGACAGAUAACCGAGGGACUAAUAGACUCGUCCUCAGCCUCGAAGCUAUGCAUCGCGGCAGCGUAGUCUCGAGCUCUUCAGAUGCGCCUCAUGGUCCUGAUUUCGAGUCUUCUUUGCGCAUUUUGUCACAGAAGCAGAACUUGAAUCAUGCUAUUGAAGAAGCGGACUUAGUAUCCAGAACUCUCUCAUGGUUUACCGCUGAGCAAUCUAUGGCGUUGUGGGGUGCAGCAGAGCAUUUACUCCAUCAUGAGAGUUCCAUUGAUGCCCAAAAAUCAGGUGCCAAAUUGCUGGAGACGAUCGCAUCCCGUCAAGACUUGUCUCCCACCGCUAGACGAAUGGUAUUUGAAUCAAUCGCGAUGCCCACCGAGGGUGACGUGAUUGCUGCCCGAGUUCAGUCGCUAAUCGCUCUGUCGGACCAUGGCAGAAAGUUGGACUUUACCGGUUCCUCUAUCCUUCAUAUCAUCUCAUCAUGGAUUGUACCACUUUACAUGGUAAUUGCAACAGCACGAUCGAAAGCGAAGAAAGGAAAAGCGCUCAAAGCGAACGAGCUUGUUCAAGAUGAAGCGAUUCUCGGGGACCUCUUCCAAUUUGCGGUGGAUCUCAUCACUCUCCAGCGCAAGUCGCCAACGCCAGAAGAAAUCGAGAUGCUUCUGACGGAGACCUUUACGAUCUGCAAGAAGACCAGCGUUGCCACGGAUAUCAAGAACUCGCUGGCGGUUUUCGAUGCCGUCAUUAUGUACGCAAGUGUCCCCAGCGCAAGCCUCGUUCCUCUUUUGGAAGUUCUCUGCAGUAUUCAUGCCUCCGUUAAAUCCCUCUCUGGGCCAACGUCACGAGCCGUGCGCAGCCUGGCAAAGUCGCCAAAGCAGGAAGAGAUGAUGACGACUCUCCAUACUUUCUUGAGAGAAUCAUCUGCCGAAGACUCUCCGCGGAAUUUGAACGUGCACCGCGGAGCUCUUUACAUCUUCUCCGAUCUUGCUCGAGCCUACGGCCAGGAUGGAAUGCCUGAAAUUGCAUUUGACCAAUUGAUUGAUUCUCUUAUGGUCAUCGCUCAGAAAGACGACGGCAGAGUUGACGCAGACAUUCUGGAUCUGUGCUUAAAUUUACUGGAGAGUGACUACAGCCGUAUCUGCCUCGCACACGGAUGGGCGGCCUUUAUUGAUUUACUACUUCUUUGCUCCCGGAGAGUGUACGAGGACUAUGAUGACCCGAUCGCCUCUCCAACCAGCCCACAACAGUCGCAUGUCAAAAGCACGCACGAUGAUAUCAAGUCUCAUAUUCUUGCAAAUAUCAUCAGGCUAACAUCCGUUGUGGAGUCUCUAUGGGAACAGCUUAAUAAGGAACAAAAGCAAGAGGCAGUUCGAUUCUUGGCAAAGAACCAUCAACACAUUGAUCCCUCUCAGUCAGAACUCAUCAUCAACAUGAUGAGAGAGGAUACUCUGUGCCAUCCUUCUGAGGGAUCUAAUUGGGUGCAGUAUUGCAGGGAGAUUAUCGAACGUUUCAUCCGGCCUCGAAAGCAGUCCUCGGAUAUUCGCAUACUAGCGCUUGAUACGUUAAAAGAGGCUCUUGCUGGCAACGAGCAUCUGCUUUUCUCGGAAGAGCAUGGCCUGUUGGAUCUUCUACUCGCAGACUUCUCUGCGGAGCAUGAUCUGCUCUUCUUGGAGUCGCUCGUUUCAUUCAUCACGGAGCCCGCCAUCAACUCCAAUGACGAUGUAGGUUUCAAGCGUCUAGUCGACACCAUUGCAGGGCCAAUGGAAAGAGAUCCGGCAAAGGAUGAACCGCGUGAGACCUCGCCAAGCCAUGCUCCUCGUCGUACAUCGACGAGCGUCUUAGAGCUGACACUGGGGAAUGUUUGCGCGGUGGGUUUGGUCAAGAUGAUGAUUCGUGCUCUGAAUACCUCGGCCGCCAAAUCCAUCAUUAUCUUCGAAUCCUUGCUGCAGAUCGCACAGUCCCCAGAUCGCCCAGCGGACGCUCGCCUGACUGUCUUGAAACUACUGUUCCGGCUUCGAUGCGACUCGCUCGGGGCUAUUACAGUUGUCUCGACUUCAGAAAAUGAUUUCCUGAUGAACGUGCUAGGGCGGAAUGUCGACGUCACUUCUAUACUGCAUCCUCCAAGUGAGAGCCCUAUGAGAGACCUUCCUCAGCAAGACAACCUGAUCCCCCCAGUGGGUGGAAAGAUUCCUGCGAAAGAACUCCCUACAAACUUUCUUUCCAAGUCAGGGCCUCGAGGCUCGAUUUCGGCUCGUGGAUCAAAGUUGACGCCACCUGUUUGGACAUACUCCCAGCCCCAGGUGCUUCCAGAGCAGCCAUCGGAGGAGUCUAGCCCCUUCGUGUUCGCUCACACGCAGAACAAUGGCGUUUCGACCCCGAGCGAUUCUACGUCGGCGCCGACGGGUGUCUUGAAAGUGAACAUGUGGGUUGAAUGUGUGAUCUCACUUCUUCAGCGGGAGACCGAUUGGGACGUAUACAGCUACGUCCUCACCCAUCUUGGGCCUCAGCUUAGCAACAAAGAGUUCUUCAACAACUCGAUUCCUCAGAUAAAACUUCUACGAAGCAUUCUGUGUGACCAGGUCAAAAAUGAGAGUUUCCACGAGCCACCCGCGCUUACUGGCUUAAAAAAGAGCGAUGUGGCUGCUUGUAUCUUUGACACACUAUGCAUGCUGGUCAGCUACCACGAGCAUUUUGCUAAAAGUGAAGAAGAUGAUCUGGUACGAGCGUUCAUGCUCGGAAUUAUUGGUUCUUGGGGUGCUACAUCCCGAGGCUGCAUCCAGGCUCUCUCUCUUUGCUGUCAUGAAAUUCCAUUGUCGGUGACCAAGUCAUUGAAUAACAUUCUCGACAAGAUGUCAAAGGUCAUAACCAUGUCCAACAUUGCCGUUCACAUCUUGGAAUUCCUGGCUUUGCUCGCGCGUCUGCCAGAUGUCUACGUCAACCUUCGAGAAGAGGAGAUUCGCACCGUGUUUGGGAUUUGCAUUCGGUUCUUGCAGACUUCGAGAGAGCAAGAACAGCGCCACAAAGCAUCCGAGUCGCCAAAUGCACGAGCCUCUCAGCAGUCGCAGCCCAGACUUAGCGCCGGUGCGCGGGAAAUCGCCUCGAGCGCAGCUGAAGCGGCCGAGGCUCCAGCGCACGAUGCCAUGUCCAAGUAUAUCAUGACCCUCACGUACAGUGUCAUGGUAUUCUGGUAUCUCUCUCUGAAGCUUCAGGAUCGUCCAAAGCAUGUCAACUGGAUUACCAGCCGACUCAUCUUCCACGAUGAGCAUGGCAAGGAAGUAGUUGAAGAGCAGAGUCAGGUUUUCAUCGAUUUGAUGCAACGCGUGGCCUUUUCGGACUUGGGAGAGACUAUCCCGUACGAGACUUUCCCUCCGACUCCCGAGGACGGACCUGUCUCCAAGAAAUCCUGGGUCGUCGGCAUGAGCAUUGUCACUGUUGAGACAGCCGGUAUUUCGGGAUUGACCCAGCUUGCCAAGCGUCAGGCUUCAGGAACGACGUAUUCAAUGUAUCAACAGCGCACUGCGCCUGUUUUACCGCACCAGGUUCCGCCAACUCCAGACGCUCACCUUCAUUCCGAUGCGACGCGCACGGCAGUUUUACCCAGCCACAUCAUGCUUCAACUUACUGCCACUGCAUUUCCUACCCCAACAGUAAUGCAGCCCAUUCCGGUCCCUGAAGAUGACAUUACCAGGCGAGCGAUUGCCAACUUUGAUCGCACUGACAUUGUGGACGGCCACCGAAUCGGAGUCGUCUAUCUGGACAAUGGUCAGAGUAAAGAGGCAGAUAUCCUUGCAAACACCGGUGGCUCUCAAGACUAUGAACACUUCCUUUCUGGUCUUGGAACUAAAGUCUCUCUUCGCAAUGCUCAGUUCAAUACCCAAGGACUCUAUGCUGAUACUGACGGCGAGGCAACUUAUGCCUGGCGUGAUCGGGUAACAGAGAUUGUUUACCAUGUCGCUACAAUGAUGCCUACGAACUUUGACCGUGAUCCCAAUUGCAUCAACAAGAAGCGAAACAUUGGCAACAACUUUGUUACGAUAGUCUUUAAUCGUUCCAACCUGCCUUUCAACUUUGACACGAUCCCAUCAGAGUUCAAUUCCAUCAAUAUCGUGAUCACCCCUUGCAGUCGUAUUGCGUACGAUGAAUCCGGGGCAGCGGUUGGUGAAACAGACCCCGAUAAGCUCUUCUACGUGGUGAGAGUCAUGAGCAAGCCCGGCUACCCUGACGUAUCGCCUGCUGCGACUCCAAAGGUCAUCUCAGGUAAGAAUCUCGCUCCUUUCGUGCGGAUUCUCGCCCUGAAUUCAUCUGUCUUCUCUCUUGUCUGGAACAACAAGGGCGGCGAGCAUGCUUCAUCCUGGCGCACCCGUCUUCGCGAAAUCAAGAAAGUUCGCGAGAGGGCCUUAGCUGCCCAAGCUCAAAGUGCCGAGGCUGCUGAAGGCGCAUAUCCUGGCCAACGUCGCAACACGAAGCCCAAUAUUUUCUCUGAAGAACUGCCGACUCGUGCUGCGCCGGUACAAACCGACUUUGCCUCUGAGUGGAAUGCAGCAUCUGGCACAAACAUCCUUCAAAAUCUAGACUUCUCUCGCUGGAGCCGCUGAUCAAUUCUGUCUAGUCGAUAUAGACGAAUUUUCCGUGGGUCGGAGUAUCAUGUUCCUUGCUUCCAACAUUCUUCCACGAACACGUUUUCUUUCUGUCCCCUCCCCCUCACUCCUUUAUGAAAAAAACCCUCGCCCAAUUCCUGAAACGACAGCAAUCUCGAAUGACCAAACCCUUACCCGACACGAUUUCAUGUAUAUCAAUUUGCUCUUUUUGUGCAGCCCGCGGCAUUUGUGAAUACCCCUUCCGCGCUAAAAGUUUUGUGCUUGUCUUUAUCCCUAUAUGCUUCAACUUACUGUUAUGGCGACGGCAGUCUGGGGUUUCCAUUAUUUUACUCUGGUAGCUAGCAAGAACAAUGACUCCAUGUAUGAUGAAAGCAUUCAUCAUUGGUGUACGGAUUUUACUUGUAUUUGUUUUUGUGGUUUGCCCAGCGUGAAAUAGAGAGCUAUAGCUAUCGCAUCUUCUUCCAAAGACAUAUCUACACCAAUUCUCAAUUAUUUGGGGAGUAUUCAAUUCACGAGAUUAGGCUCGCUUGGACGAGCCAUCGUCAAUCUUUAGAUCUUCGCGGUUCGGGAAACUCAGCGCAAGUCCCGAGGACAGUGCUUCGCCUGCAAUAAGCGUAUGAUCUCCAACAUCCCACUGGUAUCCUUUCCGCCUGUCCAAUCUCAGGUGCGGUGUCUUACAAGCCCAUGAGAAAGUUACAAAAUCUGCAACUCGAUUGACUGGGUGUAUGGGGAUUGCCAUCCCAUUCGCAGGCUGCAAGCUGCAGGCUAGAACGACCCACUCCUUUUCGGAAAGCCGGGUGUGCGUCCGAGUAAUUGUCAGCGCGGACUGUAGACGAGUUUGGUGUUGAACGUAUGUCACUGGUUGAGACUGUAUGUCUUAUUAUGUAUCGUAUUAUCUCCCAUCGUGCAAAAAGACUAGAUGCAUUGCAGCACGAGGUCGAUGAUGGAGAAGAAGGAAUCUCGGUCUGAAGCUGCAGUACGGAGGCCCAAACCAACGACCAAGAGCCGCUUCUCAGCAGGAGACUUGGUGGCAAUGGCAGUUGCAAUUUGGCGGGCAAGCAGUUGGCCUACUGUAUCCUGUCCAGGGCCAUGUCCACCAAGAAUUGAGGUUGCUGUCAAGGUACUGAGGGGUAAUAGGCUGUCCUCUGCGCUCUCUGGGAAAGUAUGCAUGCCAUCAGUCCCUGGGUUCUGAUUUCCAAGGGGAACAUGAAGCUAU